AUGCAGUAUUUGCUGAUAGCACGGAAGCAGAGAAGAUCUUUGUGUAGGUUUACAUUUCAAUUUGAAUCCAUCCCAACUAACCCACACCAAUAUUUCUCUUCUUCUUUUUAUUGUUGUUGCUGUUUUGAAUACUCCGUUAACAAUAACAAAUUCAGCCAAACUCGCAAACUUGAGCCUGCGAGAAUAUUUACAAACAACACAGGUUGCGACACAAAGCAGCAGAUUGAAUCUCAAAAUUCAGCUUGGAUGAUUAAAAAAUCACCAACAACAGAGGACAAGCUUUCAAAGCAUCCCUUUAACAAUACUACUCCACCACCAGUACAUAACGUUAAUUCUUGGAAAUUGCAACAACAUCAAUUUUCAAAACAUUGUGGUAGUAAAACAAGUCGUCAUUCAAAGAGAUUUCAUGAUUCAUUGCUUCAGUAUUCUGAAAAUACUCAACAACAAUUCGUUCCAUCUGUGAUAGCUGCUUCUUCAUCCGUACAAACAACAACAACCAAUCUACCUCCUCCACAAUCAUCACAGUUAUUGUUUGAUAAGAGAAGAAAGUCUUUCGCAACAAUGACGAAUAAUAAUAAUCAAAACAAAAUUAAAACACACCACAACCAUCAUGCAGCUAAAAUUAAAUCUCAAUCAACCUCCACAUACAAUACCAUUGAUACCUUUCCAACUUCCUAUAUUUAUUCAAUUCUUGAUAAACUAUCUCCGUCCCCAGAUUUCAAGUCCUACAUUGAGAUUAAAUGGAUAACAACAAUAACUUCACAUGAAAUACAAGUGGAAUUGUUUAGACCUAGGGUUUUGAAUGUUGAUGAAAGUGAGGAUGAGGCUACUGUGGCUAUAGAUGAUGAUGGACUCGUUUCCUCUUCAAGAAAGUUUAUCAAGUCAAAGAGCAAGCACCAAAAGUUCCUCCAAACCAACAUUUCCCGACUCGUAACAACCACUAAGAAACAAGAGAACAAUAAUCAGACAAUAGAUUUCAAAGAUGAAGAAUCAAACAGUGGCAGUAGCAGUGGUGAAGAAGAUUCUACCACUGAUGUUUCUUCCAGUGAUUCACUUUCAAGCUACCAUGAGAAAUCCAUGAGUGCAAGUAGUGGUUACAGAAACAUCCACUCUCAAUCUCCAGCUACUAAUAGUGAAAGUGAUGAUUGUUCAAGCUCUUCUGGACAGGAGAGUCAAUCAAAGUCAUCUUCAAAUGAGCAAUCUCAUUCCUCUGAUAUGAAAAAGACAUUAUCAGAGAAUGGCCAAGCAACAAGCAAAGAUAUGUUGCUCAAUUCAUCCACUACUGCCAAUAAUGAUGAAGAAAUUCACCAACCUGUUGAACAACAGCAACAAAGCAUGUCAAAUGAAAGUAGUCAAAAGAAGAAGAAGGACUUCCUUGUACAGGGUGGUGUUAUGAGAGUACCUACUGCUCUUACCAUCUUCUCCAAACUAUUCAAUUCUAUGAAAUCAAAAAUUUCACUAAACAAACUUGUUUUCACACCAUUCAUUUCUCCGAGUGGUAAAUCCAAUCAUUCAACAACAGAGGAUUAUCAAGGUGGCAGUAGUGGAAAUGGUACAAGUAGUAGCAGUGAAAGACUCAGCAGUGACGGAGGUAAUAGUAGUAAUAGUAGUGGAGAUGAAAGAGAAGAUGUCUCAUCAGAGGAAGAUCAAAAUGAAGAUGCCUAUCCAAUGCCUCCUGUAAAUGUGUUAACUGUAUCUGGUAGUGGUGAAUCAUCUGGUAAUUCUCAAAAUGGAGGUGGUUCUUCAAAUAGUUCUGAACGUAGAAAUAACUCGACCAGUAAUAAUGGAGGAGGAAACAGUAGUAACAACAAUAAUAAUGGUAGUAGAGAGGCAAGUUCAAACAGUAUGAAUAAUUCAAGUAGUGGUUCUGAGGAAUUUAGUGGAGGCAGUGAUUCAGAUGAUGAAAACAUAUCAUUUGCAACUGUUCAAAUUAUUGAUGGAUCUCAGAAGGAAAAGAAUGGUAUCAAGUAUUGGGUUCAAAGAAACGUAAUUACCAUACAGGUAAUCUCUUCAUUUGUAUUUGAUACUUGUACAGUUUAUUGCACAAAGGAGGGAAACACUGAAACUAAAGUAAUGGAAACACUUUCAUUUGUAGAUUCAUUCACAAAGUUGAAUCCAUCAAAGGUUGCUGAAGUGUUGAAGAAUGCUAAGUGCACACUUUCUAUUGAUGAAGAUGAUGUUUAUGAGGCACAAUUCAGAAAGAAACUUCCUUUCACUUCUGGUAGACCUGAAACUCAAAAACUAAUUUGGAUUUCAGCAGAGUUUUCAAUGAGCAAUAAGAUUAUCAAGAAGGUUAAUUCGUCUAAAUUCUAUGUUUGUUCGAGACCACAAGAUUUGAGAGCUAUUGGAAACAAUCCAGUCGCCACAAGUACAACCAAUGUUUCUAGCUCUUCUCAAUCAUCUAGUGCAAUGCCUAAUACCAAUAAUAUGAAUAAUCAUCAUGAGACUUCAUCAGUCAACCAACAGCAACAACAUUCCUUCUCUGCAAGAACAAAGGUUGCAAAUGUUCAAUCUCCUUCCAUGAAUUCUAUGACACCUUUCCAAAAUGAUGGAUAUAGACAUAGCUCCAAUAAUUCACAAGAUAAUUCCUCUUCUAAUAACAUUCACAAUUCCACUACAAAUAGACCAAACUUGCAAAACUACAACAAUAAUAAUUCCAGUAACAGUGGAUCAAUGAUUCACCAUCAUUAUUCUAAUUCAAAUGGUAGCAUUUCCAAUAAUUCCAAUAACCAACAAACAAUGUUUCCAUCCAAUCAGUAUCCUACUCACCACCAUCCCUUCACAUCCCCUAAUACUAGUCCAAUUUAUCAUCAUCACCCUCAACAAACAACUAGCAAUAACAAUAGUUAUCAAUCAUCUCCUCAACAAUCCAAUAUUUCACUCCAAUUAACAUCCAUUCAUCCUAACAGAGGUCCUCUCAAUGGACAACAAGAGGUAACUAUUCUAGGUAAUUUUGAUUCAAUUAAGAAGGAAGGCAACUCUGUCAGAGUCAUGUUUGGAUUACAGGAUUCUCCAAACAUUGCACAAGUAUUGAGUGAUAGAAUUGUAUGUACAGUUCCUGAAAGAAUUGUUCCAGGAUUGGUAAGAAUUGAAGUUGUAACCAAAUCUAUUCCUCAAUUAUCUUCUUUUGGUGAUGUUUUUUAUACGUACUAUCGACCAGAACAUAAUCAACAACAGCAAGAAAAUGAAAAUCAAGCAAGUGACAAUGAAGGUUUUUCGCUUAAUAGACCAAACAAAUCACACAUUUACCAUCCUUAUAAAUAA